UUGUUGCAACUGCCAAUGGCUUUUACUGUAUGUUUGUUUUUGCUUUCUUCAUUGCUUCUGCUACCAACUUAUGUGCUUGCACAAACUAAUGGUAGCAUAGCUGUGGGUGCUUCUCUCUCCACAGCAGGUAACUCCUCAUGGCUUUCUCCCUCGGGUGAUUUUGCCUUUGGGUUUCGGCAACUUGAAAACAAUGAUCUUUUCUUGCUUUCUAUAUGGUUUGCCAAGAUACCAGACAAAACCAUAGUUUGGUAUGCAAAUGGGGAUAAGCCUGCACCUAAUGGUUCAGUUGUGAAUUUGACUGCUAACAGUGGGCUAGUUCUUACAAGUCCUCAGGGUGAGCAGUUAUGGAAAUCCAAUCAAACCAUUGCUGGCGUUGUUGCUCACGGGGUUAUGGACGAUACAGGUAACUUUGCUCUGGAAAACGAGAAGUCAGCAAAAUUAUGGGAGACGUUCAAGAAUCCUACUGAUACCAUGUUGCCUGGGCAAAUACUGGAAAGAGGAGGGAAGCUUUCUUCUCGAAAUUCAGAGACCGACUAUACGAGAGGUCACUUCCAGCUAGAUUUUCAAGAUGAUGGAAAUCUUGUGCUUCGUGGGCAAAGACCUUUUUAUUCAACCAAGACUACCAAUGGGAGUGUUCCAGGUAGUGAAGGUCUGCAGUUGGUUUUCAAUGACUCAGGUAACUUCUAUAUUCUGCGAGUGAAUGGUGGAUAUUAUAAUUUCACAGCAGAGGAACUUGCAGCAAGGGACUACUAUCUCCGGACAACUCUCAGCUUUGAUGGGGUUUUGGCUCAAUAUUUCCUCCCAAAGACUUCUGUCGGCAAUAUAAGCUGGGUUCCUCUUUGGUCAGAGCCAUCAAAUAUUUGCCAAAAAAUCAAUGCUGAUUCAGGUCCUAGUUUUUGUGGGUACAACACACUACAAGAAAAUGACUCUUUUACCGCGCACAUUUUACGGCGUGCAUCAAUGCGUGCCGUAAUAGACAUAUAUUUAGGGCGCACUUUUACGGAUCAUAUGUUGAGUAAACAGGGUAGCCACAGAGUUUCAGAUGAUUUUACUGUAACUGGAAGAUUUCCUGUGUUUGCUAAUCAUGUACCAGCUCUGGAGCACAAUGUAAAGAUACAAGAAUGUACUAGCAGCGGCUUUUUAUCUGCGAAACUGGUAUGUGCUAGCAGCAGCCUUUCAUCUAACAAGUCUGAAAGAUUGGAGAAAGUUCCACUGAGUAAAGUUUUGAUUUGGGGUGGUAGGGUUAGCUACCAUUUGACUGGAUCCAGUGGAUUACUAUUUGAUAGAGCGCGCAUGAAUUCCUCUGCUGCAUCAGAUUUCAUUGCAUUGUUGGAAAGUCUGAAAGAGCUGCACUUAUUUUUGCUAGAUUUUGGGGUUAUAUACAGAAAAGUUGUUGUGAAGUAUUGGAUAAUUGAACUUGUUACUGUUACAGGAAAAUUGACAUCUUCAUAUGGACUUCCAGUUUUUGAGUGCGCCGUAAAUAAGUGGUCAGAGAGUCAUUUACGGCGUGCUUUCUUGACAUUCACGGCGUGCAAACAUCCCAUAAAUCAAAUUGGAUUAUUGAGGAAUGUCUUUUACGGCCUGCAUGGAUGCACAAUUACGGCCUUCUUAUGCACGCCGUUAAAGAGGAAUGUCUUUUACGGCUCCGGCAUUUACAGCCUACUUUUUUGCGCCGUAAAAGGGUAUUUACGGCGCACAUUGUGGGCGGUAAAAGGCUGUUUUUGGUGUAGUGACAGUAUCUGCACUUACAAAGCAGACAAGAUGCCCACCUGUGAAUGCCCGACCGGAUACUAUUUACUUGAUCCAAAUGAUCCAUACGGGAGCUGCUAUCCAACUUUCAAACAAGGCUGUGAAAAUGAGCCUAGUUAUGCACAAGAUCUGUACGAUGUUCAGGUGCUAGAAAAUACUGAUUGGCUUACCUCCAGUUAUAUGCAGUUCAAUGAUACUACUGCUGACACAUGCAGUCAAUCUUGCUUGCAAGAUUGUUCAUGUGCUGUUGCUGUUUACAGCAAUCAAACCUGUCAGAAAAAGAAGUUUCCACUCUCAUAUGGGAGAGAAGACAACAACUUGAAUGCAACAACCUUCAUCAAAUUGAUGACCGUUAAGAAGAAGAAGAGCGGAACCACUUUGGUACAUGGGGGAUCAGUUCUUCUGGGCAUCUCUGUCGUUGUUAUUUUUAUGUCAGGUACUGCAGUAUGUCUGGGACUUUUCUUCAGUUUCCGAAAGAAACAUGCAAGGUUUCCGCAAAAUGAUUUGGACACAAAUUUGCACUCUUUUAGUCACAAAGAGCUUGAAGAAGCAACAAAUGGAUUCAACGAAGAAUUAGGGAGGGGUUCUUUUGGAGUUGUUUACAAAGGGAUAAUACAAAUCGGUUCGGGUGUCCAAGUGGCAGUGAAGAAGCUCAACUGUUGGAUACAAGAUGGUGAGAAGGAAUUCAAGACAGAACUGAACAUAAUUGGUCGGACACAUCACAAGAAUUUGGUUCACCUGGUUGGAUAUUGUGAUGAGGGACAACAGCGAUCACUAGUAUAUGAAUUCUUGAGCAAUGGAACAUUAGCAGGCUUCCUUUUUGGUGAUGAGAAACCCAGUUGGAGGCAACGAAUGGAAAUUGCUUAUGGUGUUGCCAAAGGGCUUCUGUAUUUGCAUGAAGAGUGUACCACCCAAAUCAUCCAUUGUGAUAUAAAGCCUCAGAACAUUCUUCUUGAUGAUAAUUACAAUGCUCGGAUCUCUGAUUUCGGCUUGGCGAAACUUUUGAUGACGAAUCAGAGCAAGACGCAUACUGACAUUAGAGGAACAAAAGGUUAUGUUGCACCUGAGUGGUUUAGGAACAUGGCAAUCACUACCAAAGUUGAUGUGUAUAGCUUUGGUGUGGUGCUGCUAGAGAUCAUUUGUUGUAGGAGAAGUGUUGAUAGGGAUAAUGAUUAUGAAGAAAAAGCAAUUUUAACGGAUUGGGUUUAUGAUUGCUACAGAGAAGGAUUAUUGGAGGCUAUUCUGGAUCACAAAGUUGAUGCCUUGGAUUAUGAAAUGAAGCUAGAAGAGACCGUCAUGAUUGCUCUUUGGUGUAUUCAAGAAGACCCGUCUCGUCGACCCACGAUGCGGAAGGUUGUGCAGAUGCUUGAAGGAGUAGUGGAAGUACCUGUUCCACCGUGUCCAUCCCCAUAUAGCAAGGCGGCAUGAAACUUGUUUGGUUUAUGGCACUCAAAGAUUUACAGCCAGUACUAGCUAGUUUUCAUGUUUAUAUACUCUGUAAUUUUGUUUCUGUGUGUGCUUGGAUUUUGUUUGUCCUUCAUCAUAAGAGAUCUUUAUGAUUUCAUUAGGUAUAAUAAGCGUGUUUCUAAACUAGAAAUUAGCUUGUGGGUUAUUAUUAGAAAUUAGAUUGUGGAUUUUCAUUAGAAAUUAGCAUAUACCUUCAGUUUCAUGUUGAGGAUGCUAUUUUAA